AUUCAUACCGCCAUAUUGUCUUUCAUGAGCAAGGAAAAACAUUGUGAUUACGUGGAAUGAUUUUGCUCGAAAUUCAAGAGAAGUUUAUUAUUCGGUGUACUUGGGAUUUCAUUAUAACUGUUAGCUAUACACGUGCAAAAGAUCAAGAAUAAAUCAGACUGCGAUUGACAAGUAACUACACAGUAUAGAACGGUUCUUAAUAUCAACAGCUACAGUGGAUUGGAAAAAUGUCUGCUACUCACAUUCAAAUGGUAAAGUGGACUUUUCCUGCAUUUGCUCUUAUAAUUGGUCUAUUGUGGUACAAACGACGUCGUGUAGACAGAGUUGAUCCAGGUGGAAUAAAUAAAAAGAAUCGCAACGAGAAUAACAUCGCUAAUAAAAAAAACCAAAUCGCUCCGUCAAGCUUUUAUGAUUCCGGCAUACAAACUGACGAAUCUUUCUCAUUGGGUUCAUCAAAACCACCUGGAGAAGAGAUUGUUUGUAGUCCCAGAAAGAAAAGCGAAAAUUUAGAUAUUCCACAAAGAAAACCUGGUUCGCAAUGUAUUUCUGCACAUUCAACAACUCCUCCUAAAGACGAUCAAGCAUGGUAUAAUUUUGCGGAUACCACGUCGAAUAUGGAAAUACAGCUAGGCAGUAAUCCGAAAAUAAGUAAUUUCGAGAUGAUUGCAAAGAGCAGAAGCGCAUGCUCUUUGGAAAACGCCGCCGAUUCCGAUGAUAAAGUCUUAAAGAUAUUCGAGAAUGUCGCCGAAGAGGAAGAACAAAAGUUAUCUGAGAAUAAAACAAUCGAUGCUGUCAAUACAAAUGAAGAGAAUAACAUAAAUGAUGAAUGUAAUUAUCUCCCAAGUAAAGAACCAUCUGUUAUAAGCCCGUUAAAAGAUAAUGUUAAAACUCCAGUGCAAGCAUUAUCUGAAAGAGAUUCUGCUAAUCACAGUCCAGUUUCUGGUGUCUUAGAGGGCAGUGUCACAGAUGAAGCAAGAAGUGAAGGAAGUACAGAUAGUGGUAAAGGAGGAAGUAUUAAAGGUCAUACAAAGAACAAUGUAAUGCCAAUGGCAUACGAAUUUAGCAUACCACAAAAUUUAGUUGGACGACUAAUUGGUCGGCAUGGAAGUUUUUUGCAAAGUAUUCGACUUAAAGCCGAAGUACACAUAGUUGUCAAACGUCAUCCCAUGUGGAGAGAUCAAAAAAUUUGUGCCAUAGAAGGUCCCACGGAAGGAAUAAAUAUUGCCCUAGAUAUGAUACGACAAAAGUUUCCAGAGAAAAAGUAUCCGCAUGUAACUCUUGAACAGAUUUUACCAUUAAAAUUACCUGAAGAUAUUCCCUGGAUUACCGAGUUGAGACAGUUAUCGUUAGUUGAAGGAGUGAACAACGAUGUUGUUGUUUGUCACAUAGUAAAACCAAAUCGAUUCUUCGUACAACUUCCUACUCAUCCUACCUAUCCCUCUUUACGAAUAUUAGAUGAAAAAAUGACACAAUUAUAUAACACAGCAGAAUCACCAUCAGCGCCAAAUGAACUUAGUAGGGGUAUGAUCUUAGUUGCAAAAUGGUACAAUACGUGGGUUAGGGUAUAUGUUGAACAACCAGAUCCUCGUGGAGAACAUCAUUUAGUACGACUUGUUGACCACGGAGGUUAUUGGGUUUUUAGUAAUUCAGAAAUGAAAAAAAUUAGGUCAGAUUACCUUACAUUACCGUUUCAAGCAAUUGAAAUAUUCUUAGCGAAUAUACAACCAAAAGAUGGUGAAUGGAACCAGGAGGCUUAUAAUACAGUUGCUCAUAUGUGUAGUGGAAUUGUCGGCCAAGCUCAAAUAGAAGGCUAUAUUAAUACAAAUAUAUAUGUUAAUCUUUAUCUCAAUAUUCAUAAACACGGAGUGAUAUCUCUUGCGGAUGAGUUAAUAGCUCGCGGAUUUGCGGAAUCCGUACCAUUAGAAAGUAUAGCUCCCGAAGAAGAUAUAUUAGUUUCUUAAGGUAUGAACUAAAAAUUUAGUCUUUAAUGUAAUUGUACUGUAAAAAAACUAUGCGGUGAUAAUAUGUAAUUAUACCAUUUUUGUAGUCAUUAUAUGCGUAUGUGUAUAGUUUUGAAUUCAUUUUCAUACACUUCAUGAUAUUUUUCUACAUUAAAAAAAAUAUCAACGAAAACAUGUUUCUUAAUAUUAAUUUGAGGAUUUUUAUUAACACAAUAAAGUUAUAAGUACCAUAUAUUACUUCAUAUUUAAUCUAGAUUCAAUUAUAUUACAAUAUAAUAACAUAUAUUUACUGUUAAUACAUUAAGUGUCAAUGGACAUAUGUAAGGAUGAACUAUAUUUAACAAGUACAAAUGUAAACUAUUGUGUUUAAGAGUGUGGCAUUUUUACGUGCAUGGCUAGUGGGAUUUUUUAACAUUAUUUAGCAUACUAGUGAACGGAAAAAAAAUUUAGAUCAAGUGUUAACAGACAAUAGAAAAUAAAUAAAUAUUUAAAAAAAAACACUGGUACUUAUGUGCUGUCGAAAUGUACCAUAGAUUAAUUAAAUGCCAAAUGAACGAGAUAUACAAUACAUAUAUAUGAAAUGCCACAUUUGGGGCACCAUAUUCUACGUUGGAAAUCGAGCAGAAAUCGAAGAAUAAGAGAUUAGAAUAAAAGGGACAUUUAAUGUAAUUUAAUACGACAUUUAAGCGAUUUCUAACGUAGAAACAGGUAUUUUACAGUAUGAUAAUGUAACAUAAAAUUGCAAAGUAUAAUGAAAAUUGAAAUUUUUCGUAAAAGCCACAUAAUAAUCUAUAAUAUUUUUACU